CGCACGGACGGACGUGCUUCACUUCACAUCACAGAAGCCGUGCGGGCGCUUCGUCCUCCUGAGCCGGAUUUAAAACACACAUCUCAUCAGCUCGCCUUGCCUUGACGGACCUACCCCGACAGCUUCUCAGUCUUUCCGGAGCCAAAAAUGUCACCGUGACGUUACAACCUCCAUGUUCACCGUAACCAAACCAUGAAGAGAUGACCGGCGUGUAGCGCUGACAGCCAGAGAGCAGUAGAGGAGCUGAUGGUAAAUGAGAGGCCGUCACCAUGCCCUCGGGGAAGUAUGGGAUGCAGGAGGAAUGGGAGAGGGAGGGGAACCAGGAGAUCAUGAUGGACUUCCUGCUGCCCACUGGGAUCUUCCUCAAAUUCCUCGUGCCUCGUAACGACACCAUCAAAAACAUCAAAAAGAUGGUUUGGAGAAGUGCCAGAGAUGAGGCUCUGUUUGGUGAACUGGGUGAUCCCGACGCAUACGUCUUCACCUGCAUCAACGAAACAGCAGAGAGGGAGGAACUGGAAGAAGAAUCGAGGCGCCUAUGUGACGUGCGGCCCUUCAUGUGUGUUUUGAGGCUGGUGGCUAGGGAGGGUGACCGUGUGGAGAAGCUCACUAACGCCCAAAUCGGCCUGUUAAUUGGAAAAGGUCUGCAUGAGUUUGAGGCCCAGAAGAACCAUGAGGUGCAUGAGUUUCGAACUAAGAUGCGUACAUUUUGCGAAGAGAAGGCUCAGGAGCGGCAGACAUGGCCAUGGAACCAAUGGAUGGAGUACAGUUUCCCAUGUAACCUGGAGCCAAGCUGUGCGCCCCAGCGUGGGAGCCUGAAGUCAAAAACAACUAAAAAGAUGUUGGUCAAUGUCAAAUUUGAGGGCAGCGAUGAAAGCUUCAUGCUGCAGCAGGACCCUCGGGACCUGCCGGAGGCUCUGAUCAAGAGUGCCCUGAAGAAGAAGGCCACCGUCUUCCGCUUAGUGCGACAAGAGCCUGAGGACUACACCCUAAAGGUCAACGGGAGUUGGGAGUUCAUCUAUGGGAAUCACCCCCUGUGCCAGUUCAAAUACAUUUUCUCAUGUUUGAGAAAUGGCCAGAACCCUCAUCUAACCCUAGUGAGCCACUCCACCAUCAGCAAAUAUCAGGAUGAGCAGUGUAAAAUGUGCAGCCAGUCGCUCCUUGUCAAUCGCUCCAUGUCCAGACCUCCUCCACUGCCACUGAAAAAACAGAACACCUCCUCUCUGUGGUCCAUCACUGAAAAUUUCUACAUUCACCUGCUGCAGGGCAGCCGAGUCAAUGCAGACGAAGGAAUGAAGUUGGUGGUGCAGGCGGGUCUGUUCCAUGGCAGUGAGCUGCUCUGUAAGGUGGUGACAAGCUCCGAGGUGCCUGUGUGCUCUGAGCCGCUGUGGGAUCAGAGGCUGGAGUUUGACAUUAACGUGGCUGACCUGCCACGCAUGAGUCGCCUGUGCUUUGCACUCUACGCUGUCAUUGAGAAAACCAAGAAACCCCGCGGCACCAAAAAGAAGAAUAAGAAGGCGGAUUGUCCGAUUGCCUGGGUGAACACCAUGGUGUUUGACUACAAGGACCAGCUGAAGACCGGGGAGUUCCUCUUGUCCACAUGGCCAUCUGUUCCCGAUGACAAAAUCGACCUGUUGAACCCAAUGGGAACCGUUGAGAAGAACCCCAAUGUUGACAGUGCUGCAGGGCUUCACAUUCACUUCCCAAACAUCAGGCCAUAUCCUCUGUACUACCCUCCACUUGAAAAGAUCAAUGAAAAGGAAAGAAAUGGCGAGGCAGCUGUUGUAACUAAAGAAGAUUACAUGAAGCUAAAAGAAAUAAUGGACAACAAAAACUACACCGAGUUUUUCGAGGACGAGAAAGAGCUUUUGUGGAAGCUUCGUGCUGAAGUCCGUGAACGUUAUCCUGAAAAUCUGUCCAAGCUGCUUCUCAUCACCAAGUGGAAUAAGUUGGAGGAUGUAGUUCAGAUGUUGGCUUUACUGAGGAAUUGGCCAGAACUCCCCGCCAUCAAUGCCUUGGAGCUCUUAGACUACAGUUUUCCUGACCCAGCCGUUCGUUCUUUCACUAUCAGAUGCCUCAGGAAGCUCAGUGAUAAUGAACUGCUACAGUAUUUAAUCCAGCUGGUCCAGGUCCUGAAGUAUGAGUCCUACCUAGACUGUGACCUCACCACUUUCCUCCUAGAGAGGGCUUUAUCCAACAGGAGGAUAGGACACUUUCUGUUUUGGCAUCUCAGGUCAGAGAUUCACGUGCCAUCUGUGAGUUUGCGUUUUGGUCUGAUUCUUGAGGCCUACUGCAGGGGAAACAUCCACCACAUCAAGCUCUUAACCAAACAGAGCGAGGCUCUGAGCAAGAUGAAGGCCCUGAGUGACUUUGUCAAGUCGGGUUCCCAAAAGAUCUCAGCGGAGGACCUGAAGCUAUGUAUCAGACAGGAGUCCUACCUGGAGGCCCUGUCAGACCUGCUGUCACCACUUAACCCCAGCGUCACCCUCUCUGAAAUCUGUGCAGAUAAGUGCAGAUUUAUGGACUCCAAGAUGAAGCCACUAUGGCUGAUGUACAAGAACCCCGGGGCUUUUCCAGAGAUGGUGGGCAUCAUCUUCAAGAACGGAGAUGAUCUUCGACAAGACAUGUUGACCCUCCAGAUGAUCCAGCUCAUGGAGAAUUUAUGGAAGAAAGAAGGCCUGGAUCUCAGGAUGAUCCCAUAUGGCUGCUUGUCCACUGGGAAUAAAAUGGGGCUCAUUGAGGUAGUGAAGAACUCCGACACCAUCGCCAAUAUCCAACUUAACAGCAGUACCAGUGCUGCAACGGCUGCCUUCAACAAGGACGCCCUGCUCAACUGGCUCAAAUCUAAGAAUCCAGAGGACAAACUUGAUCAAGCAAUAGAGGAGUUCACAUUGUCUUGUGCUGGCUACUGUGUAGCUACUUAUGUCUUGGGCAUUGGCGAUCGUCACAAUGACAAUAUCAUGAUCAGGGAAACUGGACAGCUAUUCCACAUUGACUUUGGGCAUUUCCUGGGCAACUUCAAGCGGAAAUUAGGGAUCAACAGGGAGCGUGUGCCUUUUAUCUUGACCUAUGACUUUGUCCAUGUGAUCCAAGAAGGAAAGACCAACAACAGUGACAAGUUUGAGAGGUUCAGGGAGAACUGUGAGCGGGCCUAUAAGAUCCUGUGUCGGAACGGAACGCUGUUUGUCAACCUCUUUGCUAUGAUGAAGGCAGCAGGACUUCCUGAGCUUACGUCCUUCAAAGACAUUCAGUAUCUAAAGGACUCUUUGGCUUUGGGCAAAUCAGAAGAAGAAGCCCUGAAGAACUUCAAAGUGAAGUUCAAUGAAGCUCUGCGAGAGAGCUGGAAGACCAAAGUCAACUGGAUGAUGCACUCCUUGUCCAAAGAUAACAGACCGUGAAGAACACUGAACCAAAAUGAUUAAUUUAUGGAGUAAAAAGGGAAGAACACACAAUCAGAUACUUAUUAUUAUUACUUAUUUUAUUGAUGACAUUCAAGGACACUCAGCAAAUGUUUACACCUGACUGACCCGUUUGUAGCAAGGAACAACUAAGUGGAGGCCUCCGGAGACAGCAAGAUAAUCACGGAGUGUAAAGCAGAUAUUUUCAUGACAAAGGAAGCCCAUCACACUCAUCUUUCUGCCAUCACAGAACGGGAUUGUACUUGUGUUUUCGAUGUGUUGAGAUGACUACUUGAAAACUACCUUUAGCAGGAAGCAAACUGCAAACAAACUUUAUGAUGACUUUAGUUGUCUGUUAGUUGUGGAGUACAGCAAUGUGGGCAGCAGCUUCACCUCAAGUCUUUCAUAUGAUUUACAACUGUCCAUGGUGAUGAUUUCCUCUCAUUUCAAAUGCCUCUUUGCAAUUGUGUCUUUUAUUUUAUUAUAUUGUAUUUUAUUUAAUUUGAAAUACUUGUACAAAGAUAUUUUUAAAACAAAUGUGUUUUAUUGCCUGAAGCUCAGUAUGUUGCCUAUAUAGUGCCAGUAGAAUGGAAAGAUUGUAACAAUGGGAAUUCAUUGAGAUUGGAAGUGUGGUUCUGAGAUUAGAAGCUAUUUUGAAUGAGACCUUCAUUUAAUAACACCCCUGUGUUACAGGCUGUGUUUACUACACCAUUAAUAAUGCAAAUAAGACUGUGGACUUGCAUAAGUCAUGAUACUUAGGGGACAUGUGGUACACAUGACCCUUUUUGAAAGUGUACAUCUGGACUAUGUAUGCUAUUUCAGAUGAUGCAGUACUGUUUCUGUUGUUUUCUGAUAUUUAAGGUAUGCACUGCGAUUUCCCAUCUUGUUUUUUAACUGAUGUGCCAGGUGCCGUGAAAGAGAUUUCAUGCUUACAAUGACAUACACCUCUAUACUUUGACAUAUCUGAUGCAGUGCAAAAAUGAUAUUUGUCUGUUUAAAUGAGCCUAUGUGUGCUGUAUGAUUUAAAUUUAUGGUCCGUUCAGAUUACUUUACAUGCUGUAUAUUCAGCUGUCAGUCCUGCAAGGACCACUUGAAUAGAAGGAUACAAUGUGCUUUUCAGAGCCAUUUUAUUUUGCAUAGGAGUUUGAAUUAAUACUUUGUUCAAUGAUGACUUUUACAGAAAAGCAAGUGUAGCUGUAGAUUACACAGCAAGAAGAUUUAAAUACCUUAAGCUACUGAAAUAUUCACUUUGGAACAGACUUUAAAUAUGGGUCAUGACUGUCCCUCAGUAUGGGCUUAGCUAAACACUUUGCUGCUGCUUUAGGCCUGGAAGAGUGAGUCUAUUGAGUGUAUGUGCUACUUUUGCAAGUUGUACAAUAUACUGCUGUUGCCUUUUGAAUUGAUUGUAAUUCUUGAAUUCUGUCCAAUGAUGCAAAACAUUCUGAGGCUUAGGCCUGAUUUACUUGUGUGCAGCUAAAACAGAUAAAUCAUCCUGUCAGCAUAGUAGGUCUGAUAUAGACCUGUCCUUCAUCUGCAUCCUGUUUUUACAUUUCCUUUUCUUGCUGUUGGGAGGAGAACAUACUCUCAAUAAACUGUUUGCAACAGCACAGCUUAGUGAGGCUUACUUUGAGCCAUGUCAUCAUUUUCCUUAAUGGUCUACGUAUCUUUCAGAUUUAAAAAGGCUGAU